AAUCAGUCCAAUAACAUGUACAAUCAUCUAAAGAAUUAAAUAAGAACACAUCUAAUAAAACACAAUAUAAUACAAUGUGGAUAAUUUAGCAGUUGGUUCAGUGUUUACAUCGUUUAGAAGACGCCCAGAAAGUGACCCCAACUAACCAUUAUAUAUUUAACCCAAUUUACCUGGGAUAGAGACUUCCAAUUAUCAUGAUUACAGGGAACUAGACGACCACAAUGAUGAAUGGCAAGAGUUCAACACCAGAGAAGAAGAGGCGCGGUUCUCCUCUCAUGAAGUUAUCAGCGUAUGUACUGGCUCUUCGGCCGUGGUCCUUCAGUGCCUCCCUCAUGCCGGUGAUGUUAGGGUGCACUCUAGCCCAUAAGGCCACGGGAGAGUUCAGCCUCGUCGCGCUCAUUACCACGGCGCUCACGGCUCUCUCGGUGCAUGCGGCCGGUAACGUUGUCAACACUUACUUUGACUACGUGAAAGGAAUCGAUAGUAAGAAGAGUGAUGACCGGACCUUAGUAGAUCAGUUACUCUCCAAAGACGAGAUAGUUACGCUCGGUGUCAUCCUGUAUUCCAUCGGGUGCGCUGGAUUUGUUAUUCUGACCAUGGUAACGACUGUCCGCCUGGAACACUUGGCAUUGGUCUAUUUUGGAGGACUGUCGAGCUCAUUUUUAUACACGGGCGGAAUAGGCUUCAAGUACAUAGCUUUGGGUGAUGUUAUGAUUCUCAUUUUCUUUGGGCCCAUGACUGUGCUGUUCUCUUACAUGGUCCAGGCAGGACACGUUCAGUGGGCCACCAUUUUAUAUGCUAUACCUCUUGCCUUAAACACAGAAGCAAUCCUCCAUUCCAAUAAUACCCGGGACCUGGAGUCUGACAGUCAAGCCGGGAUCGUGACGCUGGCGAUCAUCAUCGGUCGAACGGCCUCGGAAGUUUUGUACGCCAUUUUUCUCUUUGCCCCGUACACGAUGUUUGCCGUGUGGGGCAUGAAGUACUCCAGCAUGCUCUUCCUCCCACUCAUCACAAUCCCUGAGGCCUUCAGAUUAGAGAGGCAUUUUAGAACAGUGGGCAAAGAGACAAUACCAAAGAGGACUGCUAAACUAAAUGCCUGGCUCGGGUUUCUCUACGUAUUAGGAUGUGCUUUCUCUGACCCUGCAAAACUGCCUUAUAUUCUCUGAUUUUGUAAUUACUACAUCUUGAAUAUUUGUAGUUUUAUGGUAUAAGAUUUCAGUAGGCAGCCAUUUUUAUUCGAGUGAUUGUGUCUGUGGCCCUUAACUUUAUUAUUUAUUAUAUUUUUAUAGUAAUGAUAUGCCUUAGACAAUACUUAACUCAAGAACCUUGUCAACUAAUGCAGUACAGUACCUGUGUCUCUUGUCUUGUAGGUGAUGGGCAUUAGUUAUAAAUGUUAAAUAAUUAUAUAUACAGUACAGUAUAUAAAUCCUGUCAAGUGAAAGUUUUGUACUACAGAUUAUGUCUGGAAUCUUCACAGUUAUUUUAUCUUUCUUUUAUGCUUGACAGAUUGGCAAUAUACACAGAAGGUGCAGGUACUAGACUGGAAAAAAGUCCUGUCAGUCCUCCAUCACAUUCAUAAAACUGUGACUCUGAGACAUCACACAUUGUUGGGCCCAGAGGCGGCACACAGUGUUAUGUCUGGGAUGCUCAGGUUCGUGGAUGAGACGGUCGACUGACGGGACCUUCUCUGUGACUGUACAUUACUGUAGUGUAGCUGGAAUAAUAACCCUUUUGGCUCUCUUAAUUAUUUUGGGGUGGAUCUGAUACAUAAUUCACCUGUGAGGUUCAGGUGUUUGUAACGAAAUGACCUUUGUACAGGUAUAUAAGUGAUGCAUCACUGGGUGUAAGAAGCUGGCUUAUUCUUUUAUUGUAUUUAUGAUGUAAAUACGGGCAGAUCCUCAUUUACAAGACUUGAGUUAUGAAAAACUGAAGUUAGAAAUUCCCUCCCCCAAGUUAUGAAGAAAAAUAGUUAUUAUUUUCUCCCAAACAACAGUGAACAUAUGCUAAAUAAUGCAGUUUUAUUUCACUAACUUCAUUUUUCUCUAACACUCACCAAGUUCACAAAUAACACUUCCAAUAUGUCAUCAUUCUCUUUGAUAAUUUUGACAUGAGAACUUCUUCAGGAAGUGACCUCUAGUAAAUCUGACUCUGUCUGUACAACUAGCACUGUACCUGUAUAGACAAUGCCAUUUAAUUGUAACAUACAUCCAUAAUACAGUACUGUAACAUGUUGAUCUGGCGUUAUGUAAUGUACUGUACCUCAGACAAACUUACUUUAACUUACACUUUUGAUUCAAUGUAACAGGUGUAAUUUUUUUUUAUUUGUUAAAAAGUUGAAAAAAUAAACAGAAUUUCUCAUAACUUAUACUGUAUAGAGAUUGAUCAGGGCUGUAUAGUAUAGUUAAAGUUAUAGAAUGAAUAUAACAGAUCUAAUUGAUAUAAAAAGACAUGAUAUUAAACUGAAUCUCCCACUACAGUACAGGGUAUACUGAGUUAAACUGAAUCUCCCACUACAGUACAGGGUAUACUGAGAGCGUUAAAGGUUCUGUUAUAAGACACAAAUUACACGAGGCUGUAUAUAAUAUAGCACGGAAUAAAGGACAACCCAAAGUGGAUAGAGAUCAAUAGAUUCGGAUACUGUUAGUCCUGAGGAGCCUUCGUUCUUGACCCCCCUCCCCAAGUGUGGAUAACAGGAUAACCCCACACCUGUUACCCCGUUCUGCGGUAGUUUUAAUUUUGGUGUUAAAGAAAACGGGUGAAAUCUGGAGCAUAGGGUAAAUUAAAAAAAUCUGAAAUUGAAAGAAAAUAGGCGAACUCUGUUGAAAUUAUUGAAUUGUCGUGUACCUACAUAAUUUUACUGACUAAAAAUGAUGUGUGUGCAAUUAAUUGACAUUGUCUGUAGUAGCCCAAAAAAAGAUCAAUUUAUUACAGCCUAGUUGUGAUUGAUUUAUGCUAGGAAAUAUUAAGUUGUAAAAUAAUAGUUAACAAAAGAUUACUACAAAAAAAAGUGCUAGUUUAUCUGGAUUGAUGAUUUAUUGUCCAUAUUAGAUAUAAUUAGAAAUUAAGCUUGAUAAUGUUUUUCUUUUUUGUACGAUACCUUCUUGCAUUUCUUGUUUAAGUAAGAUUUUAAUUUUAUUUGGGGGAUACUGAACAAUUAAAUAAAAGCUGUUUGGUUACACUAUGAAGUUCCGUUCACUUGUACGACAGCCCCAGAGUAGAACAUUUGGGUUGUGAACAAAUGAACAAUAACGCAUAGCAAGAUAUAAUAGAGUAAUGAGUAAUUGCAUGGGAUUGUACCUAUAAUUACUUCAGUCUCCUAUCAUUAAUAAUAUAUUCAAGGUAGCUAAUGGAUGGUAAUUAUAUUAUUUAUUUUUACGAUGAUUGAGUGAAAGAAUAAAUAUUAACUUUAUUAGUGUUUAUAGAACGGUACUUAAAUUACGCACGGUACUUAGAAAUAAUCCGGAUUUGGCGAGACGUUUGCGGAAAAUGUGAAUCAUCGUUGUGUAAUCCCUGAAGACUUUUUCCCAAUUCCCUCGUAUUCAGGUUGUAUAUCCCAGCACAAAGAAAAUUAAAAAAAAAGUUAAAAGAUUGAUAGUCAUUAUUACUGCAUGAAAGACUAGAAUACAUUAUACUGUAUUUCAAAUUAACGUAUUGUAUUUUUUUUGGGGGAGGAGAGGUGGAGUGUAUUGAAUGUAUAAUGUAAAGUCUUUGGUUAUGCUCCUACCUGAUGAAAUAUUAAAAUGCUUAUGAAACUGCUUAUGGUAUUUGUGUUUUGGAUGCCAACUAUAGCUAGGGAGGGGGCAUUGAUGACAGAAUUGAGGGGGGAGGUGGGGGGAUUUAAUGACAGAAUCGUUGCUUAUUAGUGUGUUGGUCGUACUGUCUAUUGACUAGGUGAUUCAUCUUUACUAAAUGAUUCUCGGUUAUCGGUGGCAGUAGCAACUUUACGGAUUUUAUUUUUGUAAGCGUUAUACAGUAAAAUUUUAAGUAUUUGUACAUAUUAUAUACACAAGUCAAAUGUCCAAAGUGUUGCCAGUUAGUUGCCAGCCAAUUUUAAGUCUUUUUCUUCUCAGUCCAAGAUAAUUAUUAACUAUUUAUUACAUUUCUCGGGCAAUAUUGAUGGGAUGUUAUUUUCCAAGUGGUGUACCAUCAGUUGACCGCUAACCAGGUCAAUGUCACUAACCACAUCAAUGCCACACACAUUAAUCUAACCCUCUUUUUUCUUCCAAUGGUAACUGUUUCAUAGAUGCGAGUGUUUUCCAUUUACGUAGAGGAGAGGAAAUAGCCGAGGCAACCGAGUAGGAGAAAGUUGAGAGAGAGACUGCUGUGUUUACUCCUGUACUGUAAUAAAGAAACAGAUCAGACAGUAAUUACUAAGAUGAUGGCAAAGUCACUACUCUCGAUAUGUCGUCCCCAUACAGGUGAAAGUUUAUGGCAAAUCGAAGGUUAAUUUUGAGUUUGUUACCGUCUAUACUGAGAGGACAGCCGAGGGAUCCCCCUGGCCUCAGCCAAUCAGCCAGUCAUAUCACGCGACUGUCACACUUCCACGCUCCACCCACCCGGAUAAGUUUAACUACGAUGAAAUGUCGGUGAAUACGGCAUUUCUGCUUCCAAACAUUUUCACUAUCAUUUGUCUCCUGUUUAAAUAUUUGCUUUAAGUGAAGAAUUUAUUUUGGAAGGAACGCAUUAUUUUUUGUUUACAUUACAUAGGUGGGAGAGCGACAUCAGAUUGGGCUAAGCCGGGGGAUUCCUCCGUUAUUAUCCGGCAAGACGAUCACCACAGGAAAUAGGAGAUAAAUUGACUUGUUAGCUUGUUAUUCAUAUUUUCUCUAAUAAAUAAUUGUUGACAUGAAACUUGACAAAUGUUUACAUCACUGAAUUUAGAGACUCAAGAGUUACAUAUUAGUGAAAGUCCCACAGAGGUGAACUUUAUAAUCCCCAAGAAGUGUGCAUCAUGUUUAUCACACUUGGGUAAAACAUAACUUAUGGCUUGUGUGUACAGUAAAGUAUAUAUACAGCCAUCACUUACCAUUACUUUCAGUCGGAAGUUAUAAUAGUUUUAUAGUCCAAGAGUUAUGUUAAUUAAGGCUAAAUUUUAUAUCUUUUUACCACCUAUGCCUGAAAAUGGUUUAUACGAUGACUUUUUUCACCGUAUGCAAAACUAACGCAGGCAAUUAUUUAAGUCGUUCGGCUUAAACUACAUCGUUCAACAUUACACCUACCGGUAACAACACAGCCAGAACACACCGUGCAUUUAAGAACGGGUAUAUACUUGACGCUUCCUCACUUACGAUAAAUGAAUGAGCACCGGUAACAGUUAACCACAUAUUAACCGUAACAAGGUAAUUAAGAGAUAUUAUUAUGUGAAUAGAUAAUCAUUGGAAUAUUCAGGAAUUGUGGCAAUAUUUAGGAAUCAUGAUAAUAUUUUGAGGACAUGGGAAUAUUUAGGUAUUGCGAGAAUAUUUAGGAAUUAUGGGAAUAUUUAGAGGAUUAUGAUAUAUUAAACAGGUAAAUGAAGUUCUUACCAGGUAAUACAGGUUAAUUUACCAUACAUAUGAAUAAUUACUUCAGUUUCAGCUGAAGGUCAUUAGUACUAUUUAAUGGAGAGUUGUAUUAACCCUCUGUGUAUGGGAUUUCCUCGUUAGCAAAUAAAAUCAUUUGCCGUUAGCUAAAUAAAAUACUAAAAGUGGCGUCUCCGUAAUGAAGCGGUUAUAACUCUCACAAACUGAAUCUCAUCUUAAUGUGUGUAAUCAGAUCUGGAGGUUGUUAAGAGCACUCAAGUGUGUAGUUAACUAAUGGAUCAAUUAACAAGUUCAGAAACUAUUGGUAAUGAAUAAUUAAUUCAGCUCAGGAGUGCAUGAACCAUCUGAUGAAGAGGUAAAAUUUGACUGUACACUUGUAUUUUGUGGUACAGGUAUUAGAAAAUCAUUUGACUCCACAUAUUGUAUACUUGUAAAUUAUGGUAUUUUUAUCAUGGAACUGUGUGGAUUAACUUAGGACAUGAGCCUAUGGUAAUUUAGGACAUGAGCCUAUGGUAAUUUAGGACAUGAGCUUAUGGUAAUUUAGGACAUAAGCCUAUGGUAAUUUAGGACAAGCCUAUGGUAAUUUAGGACAAGCCUUUGGUAAUUUAGGACACAAGCCUAUGGUAAUUUAGGACACAAGACUAUAGUAAUUUAGAACACAAGGUACUGUAUUACAAAUCAUAAACCUAAUUAUCUAUGUUUAUGUAAUUAAUAACACCAUGGACAGGAAUUCUAAGAGUUAUGACAUCAACACUGAGGGGUAAAUGAAGUGUAACUCAGCCUUACAGUUACUGCUUGAGGAAACACUAUGAUGAGGAGAGUAAAAUGCUAUCUUGGAACUUAUUAAUAAAAAGCUAAAAGAUUAAACAAGAGGAGAGUUUUUACUUGUCAAUUACCAACCAACAGGCUAUAUAGUAUUGAAACUCCCGAGGUUAAAAAGUCGUAACCAUGGGAACGCAAAUUAGCUUUUCAAUGCAUGCAAUGUAACAAAUGGAACAUCUAGCCAGGGGAGGUAACAAGAACAUCUAAUACAUUAUUCUAAAACACAAGAAUAUUUUACAGAUUAAUUCUCAAAACUGUAAGUUUUUAUUUCUUCACUGUUAACUGAUAAUAAUAUACUGAAGAAGGUUGUACUGAAGGUCAAAUGUUACCUUAAUUUUACCUCUUGUACUCAUUAGCACUGAGUUGGAUAAGGCUGGGGAGUAAUUCAGAAACCACCUCCGGGAAAAUAAUGACAUAAUUUCAGUCAAUUACAACACUAUAACUCUCCAUGUUUAUAUAUUAUGGUUACCUCCAUAAUUAUAAACAGUAAAACAUAAUAAUACAUAUGUUAUUACUUUUUGUUUAGUUGAUAUAACAUAACAAAAAAAUUGAAAUGGUUAUUACUACAAAAUUGUCCUCUUUUUCUUCCAUACAGGAGAUGCCUUAAUGAGUGAAUAAUAAUAAUAUUAUCUUAGGGAGAGGGAACACAUAGUACAGUACAGAAGAGGCAGAUCAAAUUUUACUGUAUUAAUCUUUAUGUCUUGUUCUGUAACCUACUAAACUGUAUUACCUUAAUCAAACACACAAGUACAGUACCCUCGUAUGGGUCAAAUUUGUCGUUUAAUUUGGUUCACAGUGUUGCCGGACCACCCAAAGAAUUGCUCAAAACCAAGUGACUACCAAUAAUUCCCAUUCUCCAAAAACAGUUGAGAAAUAUUAAUUCUUGAAGCCUUUUUAACACAGCGGUUGGAAUUAAGAGCCACAUACAUUCCUCUAGCGUCUUUUCUCGCCUCGUAGGUAACUAAACACACAGAGCGAUGGCGUUAGUCUUGCCAUGGGGUCGCCACAGCCCUACUCUCAUACAGUAUAAUGAUACAGUAUAUUGUAUUUCCUUUUAGGGUAGUCAUUGAAAUAAGCACAUUCAGUGAUAGUUAAUCUGAAUCACUUCCAUAUAAGAUGUCAACUUCUAACAGGGUGUCUAAAAAAAAAAAAGAAUACUCUACACUCUGUCAUAGCGAUCGCGUGAAUGCUGGUACAGUAUAACAAGGUAUCAAAGCAGCAACGUUCUCCUCACUUGCCGAUGAGCGACACAUUGACAAGUGAGGAUAAUUUUGCCGUUGGUUCAUAUAAUCGCCACAAAAAUCAAUGACAGUGUGUGUGCAUUUUUUUUAUUUUUUUGAGACAGUCUGUAUCUUGGAGUUGGUGUUCUUCACUCUGGCUUUAAGGCUUAUUCAGGGUUUUCUGCAGCUUAACAAGACUUGUAGGAACGAUUAGUAGAUAAGAAUGUAUAGUUUAUUACGCAACUGUGCUUAGUGGUCGUUUACCGAGGUGUCUAUGUCAACUCAAUAUACAGGGUGUCUCAGAAAAAUGUAUACACACACUGCCCUAUAUUUUCAUGAUUGUGUAUAUGUUGUAAUACAAACAUUCACACGAUCUUGACAAUUUUUAUUUAGGUAGUGUGUAUACAUUUUUCUGAUACACCCUGUCAUACAGAAUGUGCAAACAGCUGAAGUUAAGACAAUAAUAAAUAAAUAUAAAUACACAACUCCUCGAUCCUGUGCUCAAAAACAUAUCACCUUUAAAACACGAUCACCGUUCUAGGUCUCAUGAGGUGCCCAAACUGUUUCUCCAUCUUGAAAUAUUGAAGAAUUUUUUAUAUUUACCUUUUUGCGGAUUGGGGGGGGGGGGGUAUUUUGGUACAUGUACAAGAGUCUAUAACCAAAAUAAAAAUCAGUUCAUAUAAGUGAGUUUCUAAAGUGUAAGUACAUAAAAGUAUUGUCAAGAUUGUAAUAUAAAUAAAGUUAGUCUUAUUUUGUACAGUUUAUAUUUGUCCGAGACUCAUUAAGACAGACUGUGGGAGCAGCUUUCAACCCAAUCAGUAAACACUAGACUGUACUGUACAUUAAUCUGAACUCUGUUAAUCAAAAUGCUCUCACUUUCCAACUCCAAAUAGCAAGAUCGUGAACUCUAUUUGUUUUUGUUUUCCUGUAGGCAUUAACUUAUUAUAGACGGACUCCCCUCCUCUCUGCUAAAUAAAAUCAUGUAGCAUUAGUUAAAGGGUCAGUGGAGAUAGUCUACUAACCCCCAUGUGUACGGGAUCGCCUCCGAGCUGAAUAAAAUCGUCUAACGUUAGUCAAGUAAAAUAUAAAAAAUAGCGUCCCUGUAGUGAAGCGGUUAAUAAAGAAAGAAAAGAAAACCUGAUAAAUAAAGCUCAGUACUGUAUUAUCGUGACGGUUGUAUAGUGGUGGCAGUGCAUGAUACUGUCCACCGCCGACACUGUUGGCCAUACAGCUGAUUGAUACUGUUGGCCACACAGUCGAUACAUUUGUCUUCCCAGCCUGAAACAUAAAAAGUUUCCAAGUGAGGCGUAACUCUUACCAACCAAGAAUUUCCUUUUAUAUUAAGCUUGUAGUCAACUAAUACUAUGUAUUUUAUCCUAAAUCUACUCACAUUAUUUGCAACUGCUGUAAAAUGUGUGUACGUGUGUCAUCUUCCUUGUAAAAUAAUUAUGCAAGCCGUGAAACUAUUUUGUAAUGGAGUUAAACAGACAUGACAAUUAGUAUCCUAUAAGGUGUUGAAUAAGAGAUGAAUAACAAGUCUGUUAAGUCUCUCUCAGCCUCAACACUUCACUAGCAUUUGUUUUAAAUGUUAUAGAAAUAUGUUUAUUGUGAGUUACUUAUGUCAUAUAUGGUUCCAGAUGCACCAACCACGGCCCAGGUUUCAGAAAACAUCAAUAUUCCUGUCACCUGAUUGGUUGAUAUUAGCUAAAUAUUACACUGAAACUCAACAUAAUUGGACACAUUCACUUGGUACCACUACGUAUUACAUUAAAAGUCAACAUUAAUAUAUACAUUCACUUAGUACCACUUAGGAGAUAAAUUUAAUACAGAAAUAUUCAUCGCACGAAACUUCACGAAUCUGGGCCGUGACUUUUGACUUCCUCUGGUAACCUUGUGUGAGUCACUUCCCUGACCUUAGUUGACACAUGUACACGAUCUUGUCUCUUGGUUAAUGGUGGUUUGUGUAGGGCUUGUGUCCAGAUGUAUUAAUAUUAUUUGUAAGAGAAUACAUAAAUAACCUGUAUGAAUGGGAUAUACAUACAUACAAUAGUUAUACAUAUCUAUUCUGUUUAUGUAUUGUUUCCUGUUAAUCUUAUUUGUCAUUAGAACAAAAGGUAUUAUUAUUUUGAUAUUAUGUAAAGGUUAAAAAUGGAUGACACUAUUACUUAACACAAAUCUGUUUAUAUGUCUCCUGUUGCCAUCACCUGUCUCAUUAAUUAGUGAGAAAUAAACAAGGUGCAUGGAUGACUAUAAUCAGCAGUAACUUAAUAACAAAUUAUUGUACGGUUUAAUAUAAUUCCCUCAAUAAUCUCCGUUCAAUUGUCUUCAAAAUUUAACUUGUAGUAAUUAUGUUCCUUACAAGAGUACGAUUUUGUUACUUGUGAUUCGUCAAUAUUUAUGGGUGAGUGGAUGUUUGGCCCAUGGUCAGGUUAGGUCCUUACCACCCUGGCCCAAACAUCCUUCAUUUUUAUUUAUGUUUUGCACAGUUGAGGUCGCUGUAAUACUUCAAGUAUCGGUAAAGAAAUUGAUACAUGGGAUGAUACGCUCGCUGGUAGCCCCAUGGUGUCGCCGAUAUAUCCGUUAUUGUCGAUAUAUCAAGUGUUUUGGAAUGACUUGAAAAAUCCCCAUCCCAGCUUACUUCACCUAAACACUUCCUGAUACAGAUUUUGGUGUAGAUCGGUUGAAUACUUGUAGUACUGUAUAACAACAUUGUCCUGACUUGUAGGAGACUUCACACAUCAACAAGUUAGGACAAUGUUGCUGUAGGUAAUAGAAACCUUUACACCAUCUCUACCAUAAUCAGUGAGGUAGUGUGUUGACAUUUUCCUGAGACACCCUUUGUUUAGUGGGACUCUAGGGCUGCCAGCAAGUGACUCAACCUAUACAUUAUAAUAUAGCUUUAUGGAUUGUCUUAACUCUUGGUGUUCCUCAUAAAUACAUAUUUUUUUUUUGUCUUUGUACCUUAAAAAAAAUCUUGGGGUCUUUCAGUAUAUUACUUUGAGAGUUUUUGAUAUUUAAACCAUUACUUUGUGAGUUUGUUUUUAUACAAUAAAGGAUAGAUGAUUUAAA